AAGAGAAUUGAAGAAGAAAGGAGAAAACGACAGGAGGAAGAGCUGGAGAGGCAACGAAGAGAAGAAGAAGAGGAACGGAAACGACAGGAAGAAGCUGAAAAGGAAAGGCGAGCUCGAGAAGCUGCUGAAGAAGAAGCGCGACGUGCUAAGGCUGCUGCUGAGGCGGCCGCUGAAAAACUUCGCCAGCAUGCGGAACAACAGAAGAAGCAGCGUGCGGCUGAGGAACAGCGGAAAAAAGCAGCGAAUGCAGCACCACCCCCAGAAAAGGAGAAGCGACCGGAAAAUACGAAAGCGUUUGAGAUCGAAGAAGCCUGGCAGGCAGCUCCGAAACCAGUACAUGAGAAGAAGUCGCCACCUACUAAAGACACGCAUUCAGCCGCUCCUUGGGUAGCAGCCGCUGCGGUUCCACCCAAAGAAAAGUCGCUGAAGGAGAUACAGGAGGAGGAAGAACGACAACUUCGUGCUGAACAGGCAGAACAGGCUCGGCUGCGGAAAGAACACCAAGAGGCUGUCAAUCUUCAAUCCUCUGGGACAUGGUCGAGUGCAUCACAACGUCUUCAGUGGAAUCAGCCUCCUCAGCAGGCUGCCGCAAAAGCACCAGCAAAACCAGCUUGGGGUGGUGCUGGUGUGGAACCACCAAAGACUACCUCUUCACCUUUCUGGGAUGGACCAUCAUUGCAAGCUGCUAAUAAGACCCAGAAUGCGCAACCUAAGAAGUCUGCAGAAAAAACAUCAUCU